AACGGGCAGCCGGCGUUUCGUCGUUAUUGUAGCGCAGUUCCCUGCCUGUGGCGUUAUUCAGCCCGCGUGGCAUCGCUACAGUACAGCGGGGCAGCCCAACUCCAAAAUUUGCACCAGUUCGUGUGUUGUCAACAAAGCCACUGUCAACUGGCAGGGCAGCGUACGCGUCGAGCUAUCGGCAAGCGUCUCGAAUCGACACGCAGUCGAGCCCACAAACCAUGCCCCACAACCUGGUCCAGUUAGCGGUAGCAGCACGCGAGGCUAGCGGCGCACCACGCGCCGUCCCCGCAAUCGAUGAACACCGCUCCGACGACGAGGGCGUCACACCGGCGGACGAGGUGGAGGACCGGUGGAUGAGGCGUCUGGCCGCAAUUCUCGAGGCGCCAACGGGCGAGAAUAGCUCCGACGCCGCGCAACUGACGACUGAUUUGUGGAUCGGCGGCCGCAGCGCGGCGAUGGACGUCCUAGCCGCGAACUCGCGAGGCAUCACGGACCUCGUCAACAUCUGCGAGCCGUGGUGUCCGCUCGGACCCAACUCGGAAAGCAUCCAGUAUGUGGGCAUUGAGGCGGAGGACCGAGCAUCGUUUCCAAUACUUUCGGACAAGUGGUACGGCAAAAUUCGCUCGCACGUGUGUGCCGGACGAACACGGGGCGCGGUAUUUCUGAUUCACAGCGACGUCGGCGCGAAUCGUUCGGCGGCCAUCGCCGCCGCGCUAUUGCUCGACGACGGCAUCAAUAAUUUGAUCGAGAUCGUCCGCCUGCUCAAGGAACGGCGACCACGGUGCCUGACGAACAAGGGCUUCCGCCUCGAGCUCGUGCGCAAGGCGCGCCGGAUGAAUCGCCUGGCCGGGCCUGACGACCCAGACUACGAGCCGCGGCGACGACCAGGGCUACUCAGUUAACACAUACA